GUACAAGGAAAAUACGACAAUGGAGAGAAAUUUACAUAUACUCAAGCUCUCGUGUUCUUCUUAUGUGUAGCCAACACGAUUUUUGCCUGGGUUCUACGUCCUAAACGUGACAUUGAUACGGUUCCGACAAAAAUGUACGGCGUAUGUGCUGCUAGCUAUCUCGGAGCUAUGAUCUGCAGUAAUCAAGCUCUCCAGUACUUACCAUAUCCCACUCAGGUUCUAGCGAAAUCCUGCAAGCCGAUUCCUGUGCUGAUUUUCGGCGUAUUAUUUGCUGGAAAAAAAUACUCAUGGAGAAAAUAUGUCUUUAUUAUUAUGAUUGUAUUAUUAUCGUUAACUAUGGAUGGAACAACAACUUCUAUCCAAGAUAGAAUAAAUAAGAGUUAUAAGCGUAGCACUCUGAGUAUGAUGUUCUAUAUGAAUUUUUUCUCAACGAUUUAUCUCAUGAUAGGUUUAUUCGUUACUGGAGAGCUUUACGAGUUCAUUGGAUUCGUUCAACGUCAUCCUCAUGUUUUGUAUGAGCUUUGUUUUGUUGCUGCUUCCAGUUGCGGAGGGCAAGGUGAGUGUUUCAAAUUCAUACGUACGAAAUGCCGGUUCUUGAAACUCCUCAGAAACACUUGA